AUGGCCACACAGAUGGGCAGUGAAGAGGAAUUUAAAUCGACUAUUGCCGAGUACCUAGAGUCGCUCCCAGCGCAAUUCAGCCGACGUGUGUUUUCCAGCCCAGCAGCAUGCCUUGCGAUUUUCCGGCUACUGUCGACCAUUGGCAAGCAGCUGAUAAUGUCCAUGCUCUAUCUGGACUCUCCCAUCCGGCUCCAGGACGUGCACCAGUGGGCGCGCCAGGAUCACCAGCGGCUGGUAAAAUCCAAAGUGCAUCAGCUGCGCAAGCUGCAGAUUCUGGUCGAGGAAAAGGGCAACGUGUCUUUAAAUCCUGUUUUUCGCGAGCAGCUGCGGAAUGCGCUGACGGGUGGCGGCGAUUUCAGUACUUUCGGUAUUCCCUAUACGGGCGCUGGGGAUCCCAAGGUGACUCCAGCAUGGUUGGCACGGUAUGCGAAUCAAAAGUGGGAAGCCAUCUUGCAUUUCAUGGUUGGACAGUCCGCUGACGUGAGGCCGCCGUCGGACAGUGUGCGGCAUAUUCUCAAGUCAUCGAGGCUUAUGGAGGAGGAAAAGUCCGGCGGGAUGCAGAUCACGAACAGUGGGUUUCAGUUUUUGCUUCAGGAUUCAGGGUCGCAGGUGUGGACCGUGCUUUUGCAGUAUUUGCGGCUGGCGGAGGUGGAGAAUAUGGAUGUUGUCGAGGUACUUAACUUUUUGUUUCAGCUGGUCAGCCUGCAGCUGGGAAGGUCGUAUUCGACCAGGGAGCUGACUGGAAACCAACGCAAGAUGCUCAAUGAGCUGCGCGAUUUCGGGCUGAUGUACUUGGACGAGGCUGACUCGCGCCGCUUCUACCCGACGCAUCUGAUCACAUCGCUGACCAGCGGCAGCGGCAGUAAGGAGACCGCGAGCGGCAGCAAUAGCACUAACAACAGCAAGACGGAUAUCGGGGCCCCUCGGAGCAAAAUAACCGGCGUCGGCACUGUGGGCAAGGUGCGCACCAGCGAGCUACUGGCGCCCAGCGAAAAGGGCUUUGUCAUUCUGGAGACCAACUGCCGCGUCUACGCGUACACGGAUUCGCCACUGCAGAUAGCCAUUCUGAACUUAUUCGUGCACUUGGUCUCGCGGUUCUCCAACUUCAUCACCGGCGCCCUGACACGCAACAGCGUCCGACGCGCCCUAACGCAUGGUAUCACGGCAGACCAGAUGAUUGCGUUUUUGACUACACACGCGCACCCACAGAUGCAGGGUAAUACGCCUGUGCUGCCGGUGACGGUGACGGAUCAGAUUAGGCUGUGGGAGAAGGAGAAGAACAGCUUGCGUCCGUCGGGCGCUUAUUAUUAUAAGGACUUUAAUCAGAAGCAGGAGUUUGAGCGCGUGUUCAAGUAUGCGCAGGAUAUCAAUGUCAUUCUGUGGGCGAGCAUUGAGAAGCGCCAGCUUGUGGUCAGUCGCCAGGGCCAUCUGAAGAUUGUUGAGUUUAUACAGAGCGUGCGCAGUAACAGCAAGUCGGCGGCGGGAGCCAACGCUGCAUCCUCAGCGGCAGCAGCAACAGCAAGUAAUGCACCAUCAGCCUCUUAG